AUGAAGGUCAGAGAAAUCUACGUCUACCCCGUCAAGUCGCUGGGCGGCAUUGCGCUGCCGGCGGCAGAGCUCGACGCGCAGGGGAUCCGGUACGACCGGCGAUUUAUGCUGAUGACGACCAAGCGGAGCAAGACUGGGGCGCUGCACAAGAUGCAACUUUCGUCGUUUCCGGAGUGUGCAUUGUUCUCGCAAGAGUUUGCCGGCGGCGACAGCCAAAAGAAGAAAGGCAACAGUAUCAAAAGCAAAACCAAAGCCAGCGGAGACGUCGGUGACGCCGUCAUCGUUCACUACCACCCGCCCGAGUCCAAGCCCAGCAGCACCUCUGUCGACCGCGCGGGCGCGGAAAAGAACCGCAUCAUCAUGUCGCCCGUGCAGCACCCACCGCUGCGCAUCCCGCUGAACCCGUCCAUCCGCACCCUCAGGUCGCUCGACGUGAACCUGCACGGCAGUCCCGCGCGGGGGUACCGAAUGGGCGACCCGUACGAUGCAUGGUUCAGUGCGUGCUUCGGGUUUGACGUGGUGCUGGUGUACAUAGGUGACGGACGGCGCAAGGUGCUGGGCGAGACGCUCAAAACGGGGGUGAAGGUCCGGAAUCGGAAGCGGGAGCCAAACGCAGCGACGACGACGCCGACGACACCUUGGACGGCCUUCUUAUCGUUCGUAGUCUCCGCAUGGCUGAGUCUGCUGGCGGUCCUCGGCAUUCGAAAGAAAGCACCACCAGAGCAAGACGAGCCGUGGCUGACGUUCUCGGACUGCGCGCCGUUCCUGGUGACGUCCCAGUCGUCGCUGCGCAGUGUGCGGGCGCGCAUGUCCGAAGGCGUCGACGUGCCCAUGUACAAGUUCCGGCCCAACAUUGUGGUAGACGGCGACGGCGAGGCGGAGUGGGCCGAGGACUACUGGGGCGAGUUGACCGUGCGGCCGCUGUCCAAGAUGGACCCGACGGCCUCCUCCGUGUCGGAGGUGCCUUCGCUCACAGCCUCCUCGUCCCCCUCCUCCCGCGGCAGCUCGCCAGCGGAAUUGGAUGGGGCCGAGGAUGGCGCCAGCGGCCCUGUGGGCGCCGGAUCUGGACCCGUCCGCCUGGUCCUUACCAGCAACUGCACUCGCUGCACAUCGCUUAAUGUGGACUACAAGACAGGCGCGCGGGCGGCCGGCGAGCUCGGCGAGGUGCUGGGCCGGCUCGCCAAGGACCGGCGCGUGGACCGGGGCAACAAGUACUCGCCCGUGUUUGGGCGGUAUGCGUUUUUGGACCCGCAGGGCGGCGACAGCGGAGGCGAGGGCGACGACAAGGACGAAGACAUUGUGCGGAUUGCCGUGGGAGACGAGGUGGCGGUGACACGGAGGAAUGCAGAGCGGACGGUUUGGGACUGGCCUGACUUGUAA